GUCAGUCAGUUCGGUACAAGGUCACGUUUCGGUGAUAUCGGGUAGUCACAUAGUAUAGUUCGGAGUCGACGCUAUCCACAAUGGCGUCUUUCCUGUUCGCCCUCACGGCCGCUGUCCUGCUGGCCUCUACCUUCACUGCUGAUGCAGCGGUCAUGAAAGGUACCGUUACCUGGCAGAUCGAUGUUACCGCUUACUUCCAAUACUCAUCUACCACCCAACGUACCGGCCUGCUGAACCAAAUCCUGCAACUGUGGAAAUCCAGCUUCGAUGCCUCUUCCCAACUGUCCAAUGAAAAGGUCACUGUUGUCAGUGACAGCGCUGUCGCCGGUUUCCCCGGAUACAAGCAGGUGUCCUUCCGCAUUACCGGAAACAGCCCGGCUGGUAUCAAUGUCCAGAGUCUGGUUACCAAAUUCAUGACCAUUCUGAAAGGUGCCAAUAUUCCCGGCGUGCAGACCACGCUUAGCAGCUCAGGAAGUGGCAGCAUGUCGAACGGUGGUAGCGGACAAAUUAGCAUGGGUGGUGGCGGCACCAUCAACUGGGAGAUCCAAGUGAACGGCCUCUUCCAGUACGCCAACAGUGCUGCACGCGACAAGAUUCUUCAGCAGAUCUUGGCUCUGUGGACUAAGAACUUUGCCGGCCAAAACGGAUUCAAAAACCAAAAAGUUUCCGUCGUCUCCGAAAGCGCGGGUCCCACGGGCGGCAGCAAACAGUUGACCUUUAAGAUUACCGGCUCCAGCAAUGCCAAUGUGAAUGUGCAGUCGCUGAUCCAGGCUUUCAUUCCCAUUGUGCAGAGCGCACACAUCAUCGGCGUGCAGAGCAUUUCCACCGACGGAGGGGAUAAUGGUGGAAAUGGUGACAAUGGCUCGUCUAACAAUGGUGCCGGUGGUUCCUUCUCCUGGAGCGGUAACAGCGUCAUCACCUUCAAGACCCAGGCUGAUCUUGACAAGAUCCUGAAUCAGAUUCUGCAGCUCUGGAUCAAGACAUACACCAUUAAUUACCACAUCUCACCCGGUGCCAAGAUCACCGUCGUCAGCAAACAGCCCGCCGGAGGCGGCAAAUUCACCAUCACUUACAAAAUCACUUAUUCCGGUGACAAUUCUGUAACCGAGACUGACAGCGAUUUCGACAGUGUUAUCGGCAAUAACAAUAUCAACGGUGUCAUUAGUAAUGGCGAUGGCGGUGAUAACGGAAACGGAAAUAAUAAUGGUAAUGGCGGAGGUGGCGGUUCCUUUACCUGGAACGGUAAUGUCGUCGUUACGUUCAAGACCCAGACUGACCUCGACAAAAUCCUCAACCAGAUUCUGCAGCUCUGGAUCAAGACUUACACCACCCAGUACCAUAUCGGGUCUGGCGCAAAGAUCACCAUUGUUAGCAAGCAGCCGGGAGCCAAUGGUCAGUUUACCAUUAAUUACAAGAUCACUUAUAGCGGCGAUAGCUCCGUCACCGAGACGGACAGCGACUUUGACAGCGUUAUUGGCACGGCUGGUAUCAUUGGAGUCGUUAUUAAUGGUAAUGGUGGCGAUAAUGGUAGCGGCAACAACAACGGUGCCGGUGGCGGUCGCUUCUCGAUCCAGAAUACAGUUGUUAUCAAGGUUAGCAGCGCCGGUCAGAUCAGUGGCUACCUGCAGAAGAUCCUGGCUCUGUGGAUUCAAACAUACAGCAAGCUGUACAAAAUCAGCGGACAAAAGAUUGUACAGAUCAGCGCCUAGUCCACCACUCCUGGCUACUUCACUGUGACCUACCAAAUUACCGGCUCCAGCUCGCAGUCCAUUGAUGCUGACCAAAACAAUGCCGACUUCAACAAGCUCAUUGCCGCCGGUAAAAUCAUUGGCGUUUCGAUCACCAUUACCACGAACGGUGGAAAUAAUGGCGGCGGAAACUUCGCUAUCAGUGAAAAUCAGCAGAACGGAAAGAACGUCGGGCCCGGUAACUUCGAUGUGACCUUAACCGUUUACCUGUCCUACCGCUCGGCGGCUGAGCGAGAGAAUUUCCUCCAACGUUUGAGGGUCAUCUGGAACAAUGCUCUGAAUGACUACCAAGUGACGAGCCUGGCUAUCAAAUUCGUCAAGGAGCAGCAGAAUGUCGGCACCCUGCCGAAGGAUCUGGGCGGUGGCCCCGUGAACAAAGUCUGGUACCGUCUGACCGGCAGCACGGUGAUGACCUUCAACACUGCCGAAGUGUCCAAGGUCUUCGAACAGACUGUUGUGGAUGCCCAUCUUGGCGGUGUGGAAUUCACUCUCCAGUAAAAGCGAUGAUGAUAUCGUGAGCUUGUGCCUUGCGCUUUUAGUAUUAGUUUCUGAAUCAUAGUGAUGGGUGAAAAGGGUUGCUAAUGCUUUAAUUCGGUUAGCAAAAUUAAUUGUCUCGCUAGCUGCCUGAGACGUUGUACGUGGUUUCUGCAGCGGUAAAAUAGAAAAUAAUAAAUCAACAGAAUAAUCCCAGGAAAUACAACUGUAUCUGUAUGUAAUUGCAGGUAAUAAACUGCUUUAGGCUAGAUGUCGCUAGACUGUUUGUUGGUAUCCGGCAUUUCCGGAUGCUCGAAUUGAAACGAUGAUUUGAUAGGAUGCCAAAACAUGCCAGUGUGAUAAAGCAGUUUUUAUAUA